UGGGGAAAUCAAUUUAUUUCAGUUAUCAUGCCUCGCCCCGUGAAUGUUCGACGACUUGUUUUGGCUGGUGCCGUGACUACGAUUACUAUUGCGGGAACCCUAUAUGGUGCGGGUGUAAAGACCGGACAAGAGGCUAAGCAGGUAGCACAGAAAUCCCGCGAAGCCACGAUUGACGAAAGGAUCGAAUCUCUCCGGAGCACACGGGAAAACCUAUCAUCUAAGAAAUUGAUGGUUGAAAAGCAGAUUCGCGAUCUAGAUGCCAGAGUUGAGGAUAAGCAACAAAAGGGGCUGGCUGCUUCGAACACAGAACGACCACAUGAUGGGUGAAGAAACCAAGAAGAUUUGAGGUUGGGAUAAAGCUGGAAAUCUUGGUUGAUUCGAUCUGUGCGAUAGAUUCCACCGUAUAUGGCCAACCUCUGCUUGUUCCUUUCGACUAGACAUUCUGAUAAGGCUACGCUGGGGAAUCUGUCCGGGCUAUUCGCACAACCCAUAAGCUGGAA